CCGCCUGAAGAAGCCCCAUCCAUCCGCCUGCAGCCGGGAGACUCAGAGCCUGGGAGGGGCCUGGGGCCCGGGCCGCCCUCCUCCUUCUUCCAGUCGUCGUCCAGAGCUUCCUCCUGCUCCACCAACCCUCUGCCCUCCCCUCCGCCUCCGCCCUCCUCCUCGGCCUCGAGCCGCCAGCCAACCGCGCGGCCGCUUGUUGAGCCAGGGCUCCACGGUCUCCAUGACGCCCGGCAAACAUUUCGGAACCACGGCGCUACCCGCUAAUGCCCGGGGUUGGGGAACAGGGAUUCCAGAAGCAGCCAGGAAAGGGGUGGUAGACCACUCCCCACCCCGUCGCCACCAUGCCCAUCUCUCCAACAAACAGCCGCAAGCAGCCUAACCUUUCGCCGAAUAAUGCCUCACUAUUACCAAGAAGGUCUAUUAGCUUUAAUGCCACAGGAAAAAGCUCCAGUCAAAGGAUAUAUUGGUGCAAAUCAAAGCAAAAUGGCUGCAUCAAGAAACAUACUUAUUCUAUCUGAAAUGAAAUCAGCAGAAAAAAUGAACGUUCCCAUCAUUAAGACAACACAGGUAUUUGAUAUAAAUGGAAUUGAUGUUACUCCCCGACCUCUUUAUUGUCCAGACCCACAUGUUGGUACAGCAAAACCAAGUAAACUACUGUCAUCACAAGAAGGAUCACAUGGAUCAGAAUUUAUUUCUUCCUAUAGCCUAUAUCAGAAUACAAUGAAUCCUAGUAUGUUAGGGCAGUUUACAAGGUCAGUUUUAGGAACCAGUACCAUUUCUAAGUCAAGUAUAUCAACAACUGAAUCAAUAUCAGAAGACUUCGAAGAACCAUCCUUUAAACGAGAAAGACUGUCUAGUUUAACGGACUUACGUGUUAUGAGGGCAGUGCCUGAAACAACUAUAACAAAAGAAGACCUUGAGAAGAAUAUAGAGAUAAUACUCACAGAGUCAGAGAUGCUACAAUUGUUUGACUUGCCAACAGUCAUGAUCUCUGUAGAAUCUGAAGAAGUUGAGAAAGUAAUCCAGAGAAAUAAGAAUUAUGAAAUCCUUUGUAAAAAUAGAGCAGACAAUGACUUGUAUGUUGAAAGGAUGAUGCAGACUUUUAAUGGUGCCCCAAAGAAUAAAGAUGUUCAAUGUGAUAAAAUCGUAACAGAAGACAAAGGCAUGAUGGCCACUACCUGGGAUUUGUUCGAUUCUUAUAAUGCUCUAGAAUCUUUAUCAGCAAAACAAUCUUCAGUUAAAUCAGGUAGUAAAGCAAAUGUACGUCCUAAAGAUAGGGACCAAAGACUGACAGGAAGUAACAUGGAAAAAAAUAGUGAAGCUAGUUCUCUAAUGGACAUAGAAAAUGUAAUUCUGUCUAAAAUUCAUGAUGAUGAAGAGGACCACUCAGAUGCAAUAUUAAAAUCUGACAAGUUUCAUCAAGAUUUAUUUUUCAUGGAACGGGUUCUAAUGGAGAAUAUAUUUCAGCCCAAACUUGCAGCUUAUCGUCAGCUUCCUAUUUUAAGAGAACUUGAGCCUGAAGAGCCUAAAGAUGUUUCAGAAGGUGAAAAACUUGAAGAACUUGAGGAAGAGGUUAAGAAGGAGGAGGAAGAAGAAGUAGAAAUAGAUGCAGAACAAGCAACAAUACCAGCCAAUUUGGAACGACUUUGGUCUUUUUCCUGUGACUUAACCAAAGGCCUUAAUGUAAGCAGCCUUGCCUGGAAUAAAGCAAAUCCAGACCUUUUGGCUGUAGGCUAUGGACACUUUGGAUUUAGAGAGCAAAAAAGAGGAUUGGCUUGCUGCUGGUCACUAAAGAAUCCCAUGUGGCCAGAACGUAUUUAUCAGAGUCCAUAUGGAGUUACUGCUGUGGAUUUUUCAAUUGGAACACCUAACCUGCUAGCAGUUGGCUAUCACAAUGGCACAAUUGCAAUUUAUAAUGUACAGAGCAACAAUAAUGUUCCAAUUCUGGAUAGUAGUGAAUCACCUCGAAAACAUUUGGGACCUGUAUGGCAACUACAGUGGAUAGAACAAGAUCGAGGAACAACAGGUGAUGACAAAAGAGAAAUCCUAGUUUCUAUAUCAGCAGAUGGAAGAAUCUCCAAAUGGGUUAUAAGAAAAGGACUGGACUGUCAUGAUUUGAUGCGAUUGAGGCGAACUACUGGUGGCAUCAACAAGAAAGGAGGGGAAAAGGAAAAGAAAGGUGAAGCUUUGAUAUCUCGACAGGCUCCUGGAAUGUGUUUUGCUUUUCAUCCCAAGGACACAAAUAUCUAUUUGGCUGGCACUGAAGAAGGUCAUAUUCACAAAUGUUCUUGUUCAUACAAUGAACAAUACCUAGAAACCUACAGAGGACAUAAGGGCCCAGUGUAUAAAGUAACAUGGAACCCAUUUUGUCAUGAUGUAUUCUUAAGCUGUUCUGCUGAUUGGGGCGUUAUGAUAUGGCAUCAGGAAAAUCUCAAGCCAUUUUUGAGUUUUUAUCCAACUACUUAUGUUGUUUAUGAUGUUGCCUGGUCUCCAAAAUCAUCCUAUAUAUUUGCAACUGCAAAUGAAAGCAGAGUGGAGAUCUGGGACCUUCACAUUAGCACUUUGGACCCUCUGAUUGUGAAUGUGGCUAACCCUGGAAUCAAGUUCACAACUAUUCUCUUUGCCAAACAAACAGAUUGUCUUUUAGUGGGAGACAGUGAUGGACAGGUCGCUGUGUAUGAACUGAGAAAUAUGCCUACUGCUUUGGACUCUGGCCGGGGAGAUAUAAUAAACACUUUGCUUGGACCCAAGUCAAACCAACCAGGAUAAUUCAUCAUUUCCAAUAUUUUGUUGUUGUUGUUUAAUGAAAAAGGAACAAUGUUUAGUAUUUAAUAGUUUGUAUAAACAGGUUGUAAGCUAGGAUUUUGAUGAUAGAGAACAGCACUUGAUAUAUAACUUCCAUUUAAAUUAAUGAACUUUCCAGAAAUAUGUGAUUACUUUGUGAUGUAAGCUAAAAAUUAUUCUCUAAGAAUUUUGUUGGAAUUUUCUUAUGAUAUUUAUACUUAAAUCAUAUUUGAAAUACAUGAGUAUAUAUAUUACAUAUUAUAUUAUGCAUUUUA